GAAGAAGGGUGAGAAAAAGGGAAAUGGGAACAUUUUGAGGAGAAAGGAAAGAUCUGGAAAGGUGUUGAUAAGUAGAGGACAAGUGGAGAUUGGUUCCUUGGAGAAGAGCUGUGACUUGUAGGGAAAUGUUUGAGAAGGGGAUUUGGGACGGGCUAGAAGAUUUCGUUUAAUGUGUGAUUGGGUUUACGAGAUCCGGAAGAGUGCAUAGUGAGAAAAAUGGAAAAUUAUGGAAGGACAAAGGAUAGGUAAUGGAGGUUGUGAAGGAAGAAGCAAGCUGGAGCGAGCAAAGAAAACUUCUCAAAGAGGGUCCUGAAGAAGAAUGAGGGGCUCCAAAGUGACCAAGGCAAGAGCAAAGAAAAUGAGGGAAGAAAAACAAAAAAUCUCUGCCUUCCCAAGAUCAUCUGCUCCUAGCCUCGUCUGGUGAUUCUCUGAGCACCGAGAAGUUGUUGCCUCUCUUAAAGGAGGCCCACACAGGCACGAGGUCAGGACAGUUGUGUGGGGCUCUCCAAGUGCACCGCACAAUAUAUAAAUGACGAAGGAAAUAAUCAGACCUGUUCUUUGGAUGGAUUACAUUUUCUCCUGGGACACCAGAUGCAUUCCACUGAGGCCACAGAAAGGAAAAGGAUUGAGACGCCACGACAAACGGAGGCCACCUUGUUCUGCAGCUGGAACCACCCGGGGAAGCCUUCCCUCUGCCCCAAGCCAGCAGCUGUGUUGCCGGUCUUUGCCGGCCGCCGAGCGACUUCUCAGGCCUUCUCACCUCCCCGUCUCCACUGCGGUUUCUCUGACCAGAGGACUCGACUUCCAUCCUCGACGAGGCCAUCUCCCUGGGCCCCGGGCAGCUCUCCUGUGGGACUCUCACCUUCUCAUCCGUUCUUACGGGCACCUGGGUGGGGUUUAGAACCUGCCUGUGGUGGUGCUGAGGACAAAGCAAGCAUCCAGAUUGCCGAUGGAAAUAGAGAGGCCCUCUGCCCACCCCACGGCCCACACCUCUUCCCUUCUGGAGUCUGGAGAUCAUCAUGGGCCCUCGAACUGGGACUGCCUGGCCUGAUACUGCUACGGAAGGGCUCAUCUGAGAGGUGUCCCACCCUUGAGUUCUUCAAAGGAGUGGGAGAGAAACACCGGGGCGCUUUUUCCCACCGCCUGGAACAUCCCGUCAAAGGCCCACGCCUGGCAGCCGCCCCUCCUCGUUGUCCAUCUAGCAGGGAAGGGCCAGGAUGGAAGAACACUGAACUGGGACUCAGGGACCAGGUCCCCAGAGUGAUCAUGUCUCUGCAAGCGAUCUUGGGGAACUGGGAAGAGAAGCCGAAACGGGACCCCGAGUGACUGCACUGGCCUGGCGGAGACCCACGUCAGGAUGUGGGAGUCAGGCAGGUGAGGCGAGCUGAGAGGAAGCCCGGCUGCCACAGCCGAGAGCAGAGUCUCAGCCCAAGGGUCGCAGGCCUUGACUGCCGAGACCACGGGCAGGCCACCUAAUCUAUCCAGGCCACCUAAUCUAUCCAGGCCAGAUUCCUGUCUUGACUCGAGGCCUACUGGUAACCAUAUAAGGGUAGAUCUUUGAAUAGAAUGCGACAAUUGUUUUGAUUAAUUUCCCUGCAGGUGGAAAAAGAGGUCCAUGGGACAAAAAAGCGGAAAUGCAGAAGACGAGAAUUCUUUGAUUUUAAUAGUUGGGGGAAAGUUAUAAAAUAAAAGACAACACAGAGCGUUAGGACUCCCCCAGACUGCAACAGCACAGGGACACAGAAAUAUAGACGAAACAGGGCUUCCAGAUAAUGUUAUCUCACACUAUUUAACUUCCAGAAUACAGCAGUUCCCAGACACUCUAAACUAAAGCAGUCUUCUGAAACGAUCUAUACACAUUCGGAGGGAAGUCAGGGCAGCCUGCCUCCCGUCGGCAGCCAACGCUGGUGCUGCCUACGGUGUGGCUGCGCUGGGCGGCCCAGCCCGCCGUGUUCCGCGGACCUCUUUCGAGUCUGCCUUCUCGUUCUUCUGCAGGCUGGCUCCACUCCUGCCCCUCUCUCCCUUUUGACCCACGCCCCUUUCCUGUUUUCAGCAGGAGGCACAGCCAAGCCGAUAGAGCCUGGCUGAUAUCCUCAGAUGGAGCCAAGCAACCCCAGGACGGCUCUGUCCUUACAUGCUCAGAAAAUCGGCUACAAAUAUAACUUGAUAGCCAUCUAAUACUGUCCUCCUGAGAGGUUUCUGAUGUGUCUGGUUAUUAUUCUCUGUCCCCCCCCCCCCCCUUUUUUUUUUUUUUUUUUUUUUUUGCUGCCGUCCUAGGGUUUUUCACUCAACCAGGAAAAAGGCAGGCCUUGCAGCCUGGCCCCAUAGUCUUCUCAGUGUCUCAGGCAGUGGACCGGGUGCAUCAAAGACCCCUCGCUUCCGCCGGGCUUCCUCCUCGAGCCGCAGCUGGGCUAACGUGGCCUUCGCCAUGGUGACUCUCGUUCCACAAAAGGAGGUCUGUUAUUAGGAGGCAAGCAGGCUCUCGGGAACCCCCAGGCUUGCCUUGAAAGGAUGUGGGAGGGAGGCAGGGUCACAGGGGAAGGGAAGAGCCAGUGUGAUGCGCUACCCCGGCCCAAGGGGAAGAACAGAGCGCAGCGCGUUCCCCAGGCAGGGCCGGAGGAAAGUCUCAGGUUAAACGUCUCAGGAGAACCAAGGCACAGAGGAGGUGUGAAAUGUCCAGGAUAAAUAGAACCGCAUGGGGAGGGAGAAAAGCCAGCUCCAUCCUCUCUUAAAAACAGCCGCCAUCGGCACCAAAAAUAUAUUAAUAUCUGUACAUUUGUCAUCUUUAAAAAAAGGAAAUAAAACUUCCUUGGCACCUUGUA